AUGCCGCUGCAGGCCGACGCCCUCCGGGAGGCGUGGGCCUCGGACAGUGAGCCUGAGGAGGAAGAGGGGAGCCCCGAGGUCCCGCGGCGCCCCACGCAGCGACCCGCCCGGGGACAGAGGCUGAAGAAGGAGGCCGAGGCCUCUGAGUCCGCCUGCCCUGCGGGAUCGAAGGCCAGGAGACCUGGAGGCAGGCGGGGGGCCGAGCCCGGGGGAGUCCCCCAGGCCGCGCGGAGGGGGAGGCGGCGCGAGGAGCCCGCCGCGGCCCGGGCGCCGCAGGCCGUCUAUACCAAGCUCCUCGGGGACCCCGAGGCCAAGAAGCGCCACCCCCGAGAAGUCUUCCUGGGAGCCCGAGCCCAGGGCGCAGAGGACGAGGAUGAGGAGGAGGAACAGGAGGACCAUGAAGGGGAACAGGAGGACCAUGAAGGGGAACAGGAGGAGGGAAAGAAAAAGAAAACCCCUCUGCCUCCCAAGAAGCCCCCAACAGAGAAGGCUUCUGCAGACUUGAGGGAGAAGAGGACCAAGGCCCAGGGUCGGAAGGAGGACCUGGGGAGCCCUGUCCCCCCACCAAAACCUCUGCGCAUUAAGAAGAAGGUGCCAGUUGGGGAAGGGACCAAGACAAGAAAGACGAAGAAGAAAGGGUCUGGUGAAGCUGACAAGGACCCCUCCCUGAGCUCAGCAACAGCGCAGAAGAUCCCAGCAGCCAUGUUUCGGGUUGGGGACAAUGGCCCAGCUAAGAAAGCUCUGAAGAAGAAAGGCACUUCCAAAGGCUCAGAAGAGGGGAGGAAGAAAGAAGAGGGAGAGGAGGAAGAGGGGGCUACUGUGGUCACCAAGAACAGCAAUCAGAAGGGCAAAGCGAAAGGGAAAAGCAAAAAGAAAGUGCAGGAGGAGAGGGCCCCGUCCCCAUCCGUGGAAGUGGGCGAACCCCAGGAGUUCGUUCUUCAGCCUGCGUCCCCGGGCUGGACAGUGCGCUGCCGGCUGACCCGGGACAAGAAGGGUAUGGAUAGGGGCCUGUAUCCCUCCUAUUUUCUGCACCUGGACACGGAGAAAAAGGUGUUCCUCUUGGCUGGCAGGAAACGGAAACGGAGCAGGACAGCCAAUUACCUCAUCUCCAGCGACCCUACCAAUCUGUCCCGAGGAGGGGAGAAUUUUGUCGGGAAGCUGAGGUCCAACCUCCUGGGGAACCGCUUUACUGUCUUUGACAAUGGGCAGAACCCGCACCGUGGAAGAAGCAGCGCUGAUGUGGGGAGCCUUCGGCAGGAGCUGGCAGCUGUGAUCUAUGAAACCAACGUGCUGGGCUUCCGAGGACCCAGGCGAAUGACGGUCAUCAUUCCAGGCAUGAAUGCGGACAACGAGAGGGUUCCCAUCAGGCCCCGAAAUGCCAGCGAUGGGCUGCUGGUGCGCUGGCAGAACAAAACGCUGGAGAGCCUCGUUGAGCUGCACAACAAACCACCUGUCUGGAAUGAAGACAGUGGCUCCUACACCCUCAACUUCCAAGGUAGAGUCACGCAGGCCUCAGUCAAGAACUUCCAGAUUGUCCACGCUGAUGACCCUGACUAUAUCGUGCUGCAGUUCGGCCGCGUGGCGGAAGACACCUUCACCCUAGACUACCGGUACCCGCUGUGCGCCCUACAGGCCUUUGCCAUCGCCCUCUCCAGCUUCGACGGCAAGCUAGCCUGCGAGUGA